AUGACUAAUUCACAACUUCAAAGUCCGGUAUCUCUUAAUCUAAAAACAGGAUUUGGUACGGAAGUAAAGAUUAAGGAUAAAGUGCCAUAUUAUGAAGAAGAGGAUAAGACCCCUGUGAAGAAAUACUCUCCUGUACAUAGAACAACAGGAGCUCCACUUUAUAGGACAGCAAUGUAUAAUAGUGACAAAAUUAAUAUAGCUAAUUCAUUGUUAUUGCCAUCUAUACGUAGUAAAUCUUUUAAUUGCAAUGACGAUUGGAAUAUUCCAAGCAAACCAUUAUCUCCAGCAUCUACAAUGACACCUUUGACCCCAAAUUAUAUGACAUCAAGUCCUCUGAAAAUUGAGUCCCCAAAUUCAAUUUCCUCAGUCUGUUGUUUGACACCAUGUAUGUCACCUAAUAUGAAGAUAUCUCCUAAUCGCUUUGCAGAUUUAUAUAGAAAUAGAUCUUGGGUACUGGGUGAGAAUGAAAGUAUUAAUGUUGAAGUUAAUAAUAAUGAGGAAUUAGAUUUGUGGAGACACAAACAAAAGCCAGGAAAUAAAGUGGAAUUGUUGAAAAAAGGGUUGAACUCCGAGGUAAAAGCAAAGCCAAUGAAAGUGGUAAAUACAACAGCAGUCAAUACGAUAAAACCAAUAAAAUGGAAAAUCAAUUCUUUUGAUUCUGGCACUAAGCCCUCAAGUCCAAAAAGUUGCCCUAACUUAUUGGUUGAUUGUUGGAAUACAAGUCCAAAAUAUACUCCAACUGAACAAAUAAAGGCACCAGUAAAAGAAUUCAAAGAUACUCAAUGCAAUCUAUUCAAAGAGCCUUUAAAAACAAUUAGAAGUCCUUGUAAGAAUAUCAAGGGAGCUAUUGAAUCUAUUGAAUACACUGGGAAAUUUUUAGCUAGUACCUGUAUGUAUAUUGCUAAUCUUUUUGACUUUGACUCCAAGGAUAUUCAGGGGAGUCUACAGGACUAUGAUCAUUUUUCUUUAUGUGACCUUCCAGCAUUUCCUGUUGUAUCUGUAGAAAUACCUACUAAUACUGUAAUAUUACAAUGUAUGGAGUGUGAUAUGCUCUUUUAUUCUGAACUUCCAUUAACUAAACAACAAUUGAGCUCAAUAGGUAUAUUAGAACCAGAUCCAAUUCCAUUAGGUAAUUUAGGCCCAUUUGUCCCAAAUGAUGAAAUCUUCAAUAGGGACUCACCUUUUUAUUGCUGGGGCAAUAUGCAACCUAGAGAAUUAUCCCCAAAUCAAAUUGAAUACCUGAAAAGCGUAGAUCUAAGGACAGUAAAGAGAUUAUCAAUUCAAGAUAUAGUGGAUUUAUAUUAUUAUAGGUACAGAAGAGAUCGAAGAUUUGAAAAAGAUUUCCUAUCCUCUGUAAUGGUAGAUGAUCGCCUACAUCUCUAUAAAUUUUAUAGAGAAACUUUACAUGCUGCAAAUAAUGGCAACAAGACUCCACUUCCAGAUGUUGGGGAUUUCCUAAUGCCUUCACCUUGGGAUCCAAUUAGAACCUCUAAAUCUCGUAAACCUAAAGCUCCAAAUAAAGACUUUGAACUUGACUCUAAUGGCUUUGUAAUACUACCUCAACUUCCUAAAAUAAAAUAUAAUAUACGUGAUAAAAUAUUUACCCCCGAUAUAUCACCUUCUGUCCCAUUUAUUUUAGAUAGAGUGAAAUAA